AUGUUUACAUUAGUUCAAAUUGAUGAUGAAAACCAUCCUGAGAUUCCAUUGUUGGAUGGAAAACAAGUAAUUGGCCGUGGUCAAUUAUUUGAUUGUGAUGACAAAAGAAUAUCCAGAAACCAUGCAGAAUUAGAGACAACAACUGAUUCAGUUAUUAUCAAAGCUUUGCAUAAAAAUCCAUGCUAUUACGUUAAUAACAAUAUGGCGGACGCAAAAAUAAUAAACCAGAAUUCCAUAGUGAAUGGAACCCAUGGCGACAAAAUUGGAUUUUUGCCUGAAAAACUUUGGUUUGAAAUCAGAAAUAAAGACAUAAAUGAUGGCAAACUGAUAGAUAUAAGUGAUAUGCAACCUCUUAAAAAUCUCAUACAGAAAUGUAAGGAUAUAUUGGAAUUGAGUAAAAAUGAUACUACUGAAAACGUGCCUCAUGGGAGUGAAAUUACAGAGAGUAUAACAGUCAAGAAAGAAUUAAAUGAAUCAAAUGAACGCUUAGAUCCGCCAGGUUCGCCUUCGAUAUUAUCAACAGACAAAACGCAAGUAAUAACACAAUUAAGUCAGCAAGAUGAGUCAUCAAGUCAGUCACCAGGAAAGAGAUGUUUGUGUAAAGGAGAACCUGUUAGCCCUUUUGAUUUAAAGAAAGUGAAAAAAGAGGAAAAUGUAGAAAAUGACAAGCCACACUCUAGUGAGAGUCAAGCGAGUUCAUCGGGCACAAGCACAGCCAAUGGUGACCAGUUAACACCGAAAAAGGACCAGCCGAGGCGAGAGAGAUGCAUGUAUGGAGCAAAUUGUUAUAGGAAAAACCCUCAACACAAGGCGCAGUUCAGCCACCCGAGCGAUGCGGACUGGGGUGCGGGGGUGCGAGCGCCGUGCCCGUACGGCCUGGCGUGCGCGCGCCGCGACCCGCGCCACUGGCGCGACCACACGCACCCCGACGGCAUGCACCCGCCGCCGCCACCAGGUAAAAGAAAAAAGAGAGUGAGGAAUAACAUUGGCAAGGACUCGCCGAUAGAAGAACUAAUCGUAACGGGAAAAAGAGCACGGAAAACUGUGCAAAGAGAAGUGUGGAGUGGAAGCGAGUCGGAAGAAGAAGAUCCGUAUCAUACCGACGAUUCCGAUGACUGGAAUCCUCCGAGCGACGUGUCCGAAAGUCAAGACUAUUCACAGAUUAUUGAUUGA